ACGCCACUAUUUAUCUUUUCUUUUGUGGUGUUUCUUUCUUCUUUUUUUCAGUUUUGGAAUGAGGAACAAAAAGGGUUACCACAUCAUUCGGUCAAUAGUUAAUGAAGAACGGUUCAGCAAUUACUAUUGCUAUUACCUCUUCUGGGUUGCUGUUGGUUACUAUCUGUGGAAAAAAAUACUCAGCAUAACGGGGUACAGAUUCCACCCCACGGAUUUCGAGCUCCUCCAUUUCUAUCUACAAAACAAAAACCUCGGCCGUGAUUCUCUUGUCCAAGCUAUCGCUGAAGUGGAAGAUAUUUGCGGGUUAGAGCCUUGGCAAUUACCUGGACAUUCGAAUAUACACUCCGGCGAUCAGGUGUGGUAUUUCUUUUACAGACCAAGUUUUAAGUACCGGAACAGUUCGAGGAUCAAUAGGACAACCAGCAAAGGUUACUGGAAACCGACGGGCAAACCUCGCCAGAUUAUGGCUAGGGACAUGAAGACCGUGAUUGGCAAGAAAAAGACGUUGGUCUUUUAUAAGGGGCGUGUUGGUGACCAAGACAAAAUCAAGACCGGUUGGAUCAUGAAUGAAUAUGAGCUCAAUUCUACUGACCUUUCUAACCAGACAACUUUUGUUCUUUGUAAAUUGAAGAGGAAGUUCGGGAAGGAUGAGGUUUCAUGCAUUGAAGAAUGUCAGUCUAGUCAUUAUUUGCCUCCUAACUUGGGGAAUUAUAUUGAAAAUAAUGCAAAUGAGGCAGAGGCUGCUAGAUGCCUCACGGACAAAGAGGACCCUAACAAGAUGUUAGAACAGGUGGAAGUUCUUGAUGAACAUCAAGGGCUUGAACAUCAAUCUAUGGAGUUGUGGAAUUCAUAUCUUGUCAGCGGUAGCCCUAGUACCGGUGGCACCGGCUCUUUGCCUUUUGUUUUCGGAAACCUUGUUGCAGAAUAUGCAAUUCCAAAUCUCCCCUCGGUUACUGGGAUACCAAUCGAACAAGAGGUACCUCAAGAUCAAUCUAGCACCAAUGAACAAGGAAGCAACUUAGGGAACCUACUGCCUGCUGAUGAAAGAAGCAAUCGAUAUCACUUAGUUAUUGACAAUGAUGGAUCUACCAUGCCAUCUAAUUCCAGAACUGAUACUGCUGAAGAUUCAGUUCAGAUAGAUUUAUCAAAUUUGGCUGGGCCAUCAAUGGAUGAAAUCUUCGGAAAACUAGAAGCACUUGAAGAAGUCCAGGGAAACAGUUGUGGGCAAACGUUUGAUGAUUGGACUUUAGAUGCUGGGAUAUCGGAAGAUCGAAAAACACCCGAUGCCUUCGACAAUCAACCUAGCAUCAACGAAGAGCAACAUCUAACAUGUAUAGAUAGUUUGUGUUGUGCAGGCAUGAUGAAUUCACCUCAUGCAGUAAAUAUGUCCAGGAAAAGGUUACGUACUGAUGAUGAAGAUUUGGUUUGGACAUCAAUUCCCAGCAACACAGAAAGAACCCUCUCCCCCUCCCUUUCGUAAUAUUGGAGGUCUUUAGGAGUUAAAGAAGAAUGUUAUUUGGAUUUGAACUAGUUUGCUUGUAUAUGAUAUAACUUUUGUGCAUUUGAAUAUAUGUGUAGAUUUCUGUAAUGUCCUUGAUACAGGAUUUCUGAAUUAGAAUAUAUGUAAUUUGAUGUCAUUUAUGAGUGAAUCUUUUAACUUAUGU